UUAAAAUUCUAAAUUAAUGCUAGCAGGCCAUUUUAAUUUGCAUUCCAUCGGAAAACCGUACUACAUACACAAUACUUUGCAUUCCAGCGGAAAACCAAAGUUUUCAAUUUUCGAUCCAAAAAAUCCAGCGGUUCUUUUUACCCAAAAAUGUUUUCAAUUUUCGAUCCAAAAACUCCAGCGGUUCUUUUUACCCAAAAAUUAUAGCGCGCAAAGUACUAAAUUACUAUCUCCAACCCUAGCUAAAACGCAGGAACAACCCUCGGAUCGAUCCGUUUUCCAGUUUCUUGUAUGUUCCGCUUCAAAAGUUCUUCAUUUUACGAAGUCUGGUCUUGAAUCUCAGCUGCCAGUUUCAGAGAGAGGAGGAAUAUUAUCUUCAUAUCAACGGAGCUUCCUUCAAUCCAAAUAUUCAAGUCCGAUCUUGAAUCUCAACCUCCAAUUUCAGGUAAAAUUUAUCCAUAUAUUUUUCACCAUCCUUAACCAAUGAUUGAUGAUUGAUUUAACGUGUUUAAAUUUGAAGCCCAAAGUUUAAAAUGGAUGCUUACACUUCAGUUUAGGGUUGAUAUUAAUCACUUUGAUUGUGUAUCCCUCAAUUAUUUUCGUAUUUGAAUAAUUUGCAAUUUAUUCUAAAAGGAAGGCUAUACUCAUAUUUUAUUGUUAUUUGCUAUUGAUUUUUAAUGAUUGAAAGUAUAUUUUGUUUGAUUGCCCUUCUAUCAAAGAACUUUGUCCCCAACAUGUUUGAUAAAAGUCCUAAGUAAAAUAUGUAGUUAAUAUAAAUAUGCUUUUGAGGACUGAGGUAUAUAUACAUGUUCUUGUGGUAAUCUUUACCACGUUUUAAAUCAAGCAAUAGGAAAAUUUUAAUUUUGACUACAACAUGGGUGAAAAUCUUCAAGCUUAAAUACUAAGUUCACUUACUUUAUUGGAUUUACUUUAUUGGAUUAAGCUAAUGACACACAUAUUUUGCCUUUAAUAAUAAAUAAGAGUUCUCAUAUUUAUCAUUUUCCUUUUUUUAACGUUUUUUGGAGGCUUAGACUACUAUGUUCAAUGAUCAUCCACAUCUCUACUCUUAUAGCUUAUGAAUAUAUGCCCUUUAAAGCAAUUUUUUCUCUUUAGAGGGUCUGCCACCACCCCUACUUUCACAUCCUUUAUUUUGUAAUAAUUUUUUAUUAAACAUUAUGGCCUUGAAUUGGUGUUAGCGAGGAAGGGAAUCACCUAAGGAUGCUAGAAGUGGGUUUUCACCUUGGAAUAGAAUGAUAUAUUAAUAUUUUCAAUUUGUUUUACUAAUAUUUUAAUGUUUUUAAUUUUACUUAUUAAAAUUCCUGGGAUAAAAAAGUGUCCAAAAAUGACUUUUUGAGGGACUGAUAGAGUAUUAUGUUAAUUAUUUUACCAUGCUUGGCAUGCAUUCCCUAAAUAUAGGGCAUAUUUUUAUGGUCACUACAGUCUAUUGUCCACCAUUAGUUGUUUUAUUUAACAGGUGAAUCAGAGCAUCAGGUGCUACACACGACCGGUAAAAACACUCACAGAUCAUUAAGUGAUGAACGUGAAGCAGAUGAUGAUGUUGUGAAGUUUUCACGAAGUGAAGAUGACAGUCGCGGUAGGGGACCCUGCAAACAUAUUAAGACAUCUCGUAUGGUUCGUCUUAGUAAACACAGAAUUGAAGUUGCAUACAACAAAAUUACUAAAAGAGCAACCAGUGCUGAGAUACAUAGCCUCCUUGUUCAUGAUGUUGGAGCUAUCAUUCGAUCACAUUGUCCAAUGAAUACAGGUUUUUGGGGGAAAAUACCUGUCGAUGAUAGAGCUGACCUUAUGGAUGAGAUCACGACGAACUUUAAGAUCGACUUUGAAGAUCCUGAUAUAAAAGAGUAUAUAAAUGGACUAUACAAUGGAAGGUAUAGAGAGUUCAAGGCUGAAUUGAGUAAAUAUUACAAGUCAUGUGAGACGCAUGCAAAAGCGCUGACCUUGCCUCCUCCAGAGAUGGUUGACAGAGAUAAGACUGAAUGGGAAUGGUUGUGUAAUCAUUUUAACUCAGAAAAGUUCAAAAAUGCGUCAUCUGCAAACACAACUAACCGUUCAAAUAAGAAGAACAACCACCGUACUGGUUCACGUCCUCUCUCAUAUAUAGUAGAGGAUAUGAUUGCGGAUGGUUCAAAGUUUCCAGAAGUUGCUGCGUUUGAGGUAACUUAUGCUGGGAAAGACAAGCGUUGGAUAAAUGAGGCAACAAAAGAACAACAUGAGAAAAUGGUUGUCAAAACUAAUGAGUAUCUCGCGGAAAAGGCAAAAGAAUAUCAGCUUCCUGAAGACACUCCUUUGGAGGAGAUACCUGUUGAUGAUCCUGAUAUUGGACUUGAAAUAAUGACUUCUGUUUUAGGUACCAAUUCAGGUCGUCGGAUUCGUGGUCUUCGAGAUUCAGGGGCAACAACUAAAAAAGUGCAAAAUUUGGAAAAAGAGUUGGAGGUGGAAAGAGCGGCACGAAAGGCUGCUGAUGCGGCUCGAAUAGAGACUGAACAGAGAAUGCAAAGUACCUUGAAAAAUGUUGGGCAAAAGUUCAACUCCACUUUACAAUCUUGGCAUCAAUCUUUAAUGCAGGUAGGUGUUGUUAUACCGCCAUUCACCCCUUUUUCGCUUGAAGAUGAAGAAGAAGAUGAGGCUGAUACGCUCUUGGAUGAUUAGUUAGAAAUUCAUAUGAUAUUAUUAAGUUAUUUUUAAAGGACAUCUAGAUGAACCAGGGCAUGUGUUAUUCUUUUAUUUGACAUUUAACUUUCGUUUCAGUUUAUUUGAUUUUUUUGGGAUGGUAUUAGUACUCGACGAUCUGGUUUUAGUUUGAUAUGGAGUUAUUAAACUUUGUUAUGCACAUUUAUGUGGAACCAUGAUUUUUAGUAUAAGUAUGUGUUAUAUCAUUUUCUGAUUUUUU